AUGGGUCCAAAACGCCGUCGCCUGGCACUCUCCUGCGUGGCCUGUAGGCGGAGGAAGGUGAAGUGCGACAGGACCUAUCCGACCUGCGUUCGCUGUCAGAAGGGAGGUGUGAGUUGUGACUAUGUCUCUUAUACCAAGCAGGACAAUGCCCUCCCUACUCCAUCCGAGGAGAGUCCACAGCUUCAUAGGGAAGCUUCAGCUACGUCUUGGACUGAACAUGUCGACGUUUGGCACGCCCGGUCAAAGGAGCACGAGAGUGCCCGAGCCAACGAGGAUAGUCAACCACCCAGCACCUCUCAACCUCGCACUCAAACAAAGUCUUUACGAGAGCUUCAGGACCGAAUACACGAACUGGAGACUCAUGUCAGGGCGGCGGGGACCCGCCCCAUCCCCUCAGCAGUGUAUCUCGGUCUCGGUCACGGCACCGGUCCAGGGGUAUGCACCGGCAAGAGUGCCCUACACGACCACGAACGAGCCUUGCUCCGUGGCAAAGGCUUCAAAACGCAAUAUUUCGGUCCAAGUCAUGGAGCUAAUUUGCUUCUUCAAUUCGAGGAACUUUCUCGCUUUGUCAAGGAUAUCCUGCAGCGACUGCCGACACUCGAAAAAUCGAGAAACAUCUGGAAACAACAACGCCGAGAUCUCAACACCGGCCUGAUUCUUCCAGAGUUCGAUACCUUGAUAUCAUUGGUCCCGGAACAGAACCGCGCAGACGCUCUAGUGCAAGAAUAUUUCGAGACCCUGGAGACAACGUACCGUGUUCUGCAUGCCCCGACGUUCUUUCGCAAAUACAAGGAGUUUUGGGCAUCCUCCAGAGACUCUUCACCGGAUUUUCUUGUGCAACUCCUUCUGGUGUGCGCCAGCACGAACUGCUCCGUGGCGGGCGGCCCCUCAGGAUUCGUCGGCCGGAGCACUGUCGGCCGUGAUACAGCAGUCAAAUGGAUCGAAGUUUGUGAGAGUUGGCUAGAUCUGCAAAGCCAGAAGCACAUGACGUUGGAGGUUUUUCAGGUCCGCGUCCUUCUGGUAAUUGCCAAGAAGUUAAACUGUGUCAAGGUCAAGCGAGAGUGGACUGUUUCAGGGCACCUGCUACGAGAAGCCAUGUCGUCUGGCCUGCAUCGAGAGCCAACCUUCUUGAGCAACACCAUCUCUGUCUUCGAUCAAGAGAUGCGCAGGAGGCUUUGGUUCACGAUACUCGAACUUGAUAUUCAAAACAGUAUCGAUCGCGGUAUGGGAGCGAGCGUCGGACCAUUUGAUUGGGACACUUUACCGCCGCUGAACCUCCAUGAUGAAGACUUUGACGAAUCGAGCGAAAAAAUGCCUGCCGCCAGGCCAAUGACGGAAUUCACUCGUACAUCAUUCCUCUGCCUCGCCCAUCAACAUUUAACACUCCGUCUGGAGAUACUAUCCAGGAUCAACAGCAUUCGUGUCUGCCUUGAAAGUGAUGCUGCCAUCGAGCUAGAUCAAAAGAUCCGGCAGACCUUGGACAACCUCCCGAAAUGGUCGAAUCACGCUGCAAAUGCUAUAUCGGAACCUCUCUCGGAGCUCCUGCUUUAUGAGAUUCUAUUGCUAAUUCACCAGUCGUUCGCCACACAGCCGGACGCGCAGGCACGACACUUCUACUCGCGAGCAGCUCGGCGGAAUGCAGCACUGUCGACCAUGAGGAUAUUUACUGAGUUGCGGCCGGGCAGUAGGAAGACCUACAUUAAUCUUCGGCAUGAUUUGUUCCGAGCUUGCCUAGCAACUUGCCAUGAUCUCGUCGGCCCGGUACGUUCGAAAGAGGACUUGUUGCAGGAUCGGAACUUUGCUGUGAAUUUGAUCGAGCAGGGUGUCAAUCUGAUGGAGGAACGGAUUAAAAGUAUCGGGCAAGGAUUCCAUACAUACUGGCUCACUUGCAGCGCGCUCGGGCUGCUGCGUUCAAAACUAUCCCCAGGGUCACCAGCAGACAGGUUUGCACAGGAGACAGCUGACCGGGUCGCCAAUCUCCAGGGCUACAUGAUGUCGCACCAGAUUCCACCUGUUGGCAGCAGCAACGGCGUGGAAGACGUGACGAUGAGCACAGCCAACACACUGGUGGGAAUGAGUGCUCACCCUACAUCAAGUCAGCCUCUACCAGAGCUGGAUCCGUUUGUGACGACGACCGCAGACCCAUUCAACACCUUUCCGGAGACAUUGUUUGACUUUGAUAUUACAGAUCUCUGGAACAUGGGAGGGAUCGGUGGGGGCACGCACUAUUGA